UAACACAUAACUGCAUCACAGCUACAGUAACCCUAUUUCACCCGGACGGAAGAGAGGCCAGGAAUGUAUAUUCUGAAUCAGGGCAGUUUUCUAACACAGUAUCACCCGGCGUCACAAUACAAUCUCAGGAACUUUAUCAGCUGGCUCAGUAUUUACAGGAGGCUCUACACAGGGAGAAGAUGCUAGAACAGAAGUUAGGGACACUACAGCAGCUGGUGGACAACACUCAGGAGGCCUCAGAGAACGGCUGGCAGGCACUGAUAGACGAGGACCGCCUACUGUCACGCCUCGAGGUGCUGGAGAACCAGCUACAUAUCUACUCCAAGAACCAUGCAGAAGAUAUUCUACGCCAAGAGGUGGUGACUCUGCAAGAAGAAAAGAACACAUAUGAAACUACUGCCAAAGAAUCUCUAAAGAGAGUUUUACAAGAAAAACUGGAGGCUGUCCGGAAACUUUCAGACCUUGAGCGAUCGUUACAUAACACGGAGGAUGAGUGUGCUCAUCUGAAGGAAAUGUGUGAGAAAGCUCAGGAGGAACUCCAAGCCCUGGCCGAGAAAUAUCAGGACCAACAGAAAGAGGUCAUAGAGAUCCAGGAAAAAUUACAGGAGGCUGAGCGGCACCACCUGGAGGAGGUGGAGAGACUCCGCCAGGAGAAGGAGGACCUGAGUGAGAAGUUGGAGGAGAUGAUCCGCCAGGAGACGAUUCUCACCGCCAAGAUGGAGUCUCUACAGGCCGACAAUGACAUCGCCAUGGAACAGCUCGCCGCCAUGAAAGAAAAACUGGAGGCAAUCAAAGAACCAAAGGAAAAUGUGAUAGAGGAGAAUGGGGAGGGGCUGACAAACGGGGACAGGACGACAGACGAGGUCAUCGACACCAGUGACAGGAAGGUCAUCGUCAGCGACGACAUCAAGAUCAUCAUGACCGACGACGAGAACGAUAAUAAACUAGAGGAUAUACACAAACCCGACAGCUUAAACAACGUACAGAACAAUAUAGAUGACGUCGAUUCCAUGAAAAUUAACUCAGAAAAAAGCAGUCCAGAGGACAUUCAGG